AUGGAUGAUGAGAAUGGAGAAAAGUUUGUGCAAAAUGUGUUUCCAGAGUUUUCCCAGAAUCAUGUGUGUGUUGCCUUCAUAGAAAAAAUUCCCACAUUCAAAUUAAUCACUGAAUUUUCUGAUAUAUCCCAACGUGGGGCAAAGAUGUAUAAUCAGAUCAUGGACAGCAAAGCUAAUGCACUGGUGGUUUAUGGAGAUUCUUACUCCCUGGUCCUUUUGAGAUGGUUGCCAUAUGUUUCAAGUAUAGAAAAAGUGACAGCUAAACUAAGAGGUGUAGUAUGGAUAAUGACUGCCCAGAUGGAGCUCACUUCAUUAGCCUAUCAAUGGAAGUGGGAUGCAAGCAUAUUUGAUGGUGCUCUGUCCAUAACAAUUCAUUCCAGUGAUCUACCCAGGUUCAAAGCAUUUCCUCAGAGAAGAAGGCCUUCUGGUGUGGAAGCAGAUGGAUAUAUCAGGGGUUUCUGGCAACAUGCAUUUAACUGUGUAUUCCCAGAUCAGGUUCCAGAAACAGAGGAGAAGACUCUUUGUACAGGAGAUGAGAAGCUGGAGAGCCUUCCAGGGUCCCUCUUUGAAAUGAGCAUGACUGGGCACAGCUACAGUAUUUACAAUGCUGUCUAUGCUGUGGCCCAUGCUUUGCAUGCCAUGUCCUCAUCACAUCUCAAACACAGAGCAAUGGCAAGUAAAGGAGGUCUGAAGCUUCAGAAUCCAGUUUCCUGGCAGCUCCAUCACUUUCUGAGAAGUAUCUCUUUUAAUAACAGCGCUGGAGACAAAGUUUCGCUUGACCAGAGUGGGUGGCUAGUAGCUGGAUUUGAUGUGAUUAAUUGGGUUGUUUCCUCCAACCAAUCUUUUCACCGUGUGAAAGUUGGAAGGGUAGAUCUCCAGGGUACUUCAGACAAGGCAUUAAUGAUCAAAAAAGAGGCUAUAAAAUGGCACCACUGGUUUAAUCAGGUCCAGCCUGUUUCUGUUUGUACUCCGUGUUGCCAUCCUGGUACAAGCAAGCAAGUGAAGGAAGGAGAGCCAUUCUGUUGUUACAAUUGCAUUUCAUGUCCAGAAGGGAAGAUUUCUGACCAAGAGGACAUGAAUGAUUGUCAUAAAUGUGAAGACAAAAGCUAUCCAAAUAAGGACCAAAAUUAUUGCAUUCCGAAGACAAUUACCUUCUUGUCUUACAAAGAACCUUUGGGUCUCAGUUUAGCCUUCUUUGGUCUUUUCUCUUCUUUGACCACAGCUCUGGUCUUAGGGAUAUUUGUGAAGCACCAUGACACUCCCAUAGUCAUUGCUAUCAACCGGAACCUCACCUAUGUUCUCCUCAUCUCCCUCCUGCUCUGCUUCCUUUGUGUGUUCCUAUUCAUUGGCCAGCCAAAGAAGGUGACAUGUCUCCUCCGGCAGACCACUUUUGGCAUCAUCUUCUCAGUGGCGGUCUCUUGUGUACUGGCAAAAACCAUGACAGUGGUUCUGGCUUUCAUGGCCACCAAGCCGGGGUCCAGGAUGCGGAAGUGGAUGGGGAAAGGACUGGCCAGCUCCAUUGUUUUUUCCUGCUCUCUUACUCAAACAGGCAUCUGUACUGUGUGGCUGGGAACACAUCCUUCCUACCCAGAUGUCAAUGUUCACUCAGUAGUUGAGGAAAUGGUACUGGAAUGUAAUGAGGGCUCUGUGACUAUGUUCUACUGUGUGCUGGGCUACCUGGGCUUCCUGGCAACUGCUAGCUUUAUGGUGGCUUUCUUUGCCCGGAAGCUCCCAGACAGCUUCAAUGAAGCCAAGUUCAUCACCUUCAGCAUGUUAGUCUUUUGCAGUGUUUGGUUAUCCUUUGUUCCAACCUACCUGAGCACCAAAGGAAAACACAUGGUAGCUAUGGAGAUCUUCUCUAUCUUGGCCUCCAGUGCUGGAUUGCUGGGUUGCAUCUUUUCCCCUAAAUGUUACAUUAUUUUAAUAAGACCUGAGCUCAACAGCAGGGAUCAGCUUAUCAGAAGAAAAGAUUGA